AUGACCGUCACCAUAAACUCAGCUUCCAAUGGCGACAACUCGGUGGAACCCCCUCUAGAUCACGAUUUUCACAACGGCUGGGGCACCAUAUACUCGAACAGCGGCUUCACCAACGACGACCGCACGCGCCGAAUAUGGGAGGACUACACCGUGAAUCCCGCCAGAGUCGAACAACAGUACCACAUUCUUCUGAACGAAUAUACCGACCGUUUUCAGUCCUUUUUCAAAGGAUACUGGCCCAUUACAUUCCACGCACAUGUGAGCGAUGCACUCAUACCAACAACUAUAGCAAGCCUCAUUCUCAACACGGCAUCAACUUGUCCACUGGUGGUGGAGGAUCCCGCAUUGUCGCCGUUGCUCAUGGAUGAUCCCGAGCCAGACAAAAUGCAUCAGUUUGUUCGGGAGCUCCUAGGCUGGACCGAUGUACAUAUUGCGGCACCAAAGUUGGCCAUUGUGGAGGGAAUUUAUGGCAGUGCUUACGGGCCACUAGCCCAUUCAUCCAACGAAUGGGAAUAUAGAAUCAUCGGAUCGGGUCCUCCGUCGGUGUUUAUAAGUCUGAGUGACUUCUCGUCCGAGGAUAGAUUAUUGACGAAGCUCAUUGCCGCUAAAAGCGAAGGCUGUGUGGCGGUCAUAUGCGAUCUGGUGGAUGCCUCAGAUGGGACUGUAUUUCCUCCCGAGUUCUUUCGCCUCUUGCGAUCCUGCUGUGAUCGAGCACGUAUUUGUCUUCUCGUGGACGAGGCUAUGACCGCAAUUCGAUGCGGAGCGCCUUUGGCCUCUCAAAGACCAGAGUAUUGUGAAGAUGAAAACCUCCAGCCUGACAUGAUUGCGUUUGGCAAAGGAAUGGGCGUAAGCGGCAUUGCAAUCAACUUCAAUGGCCUGGUGAUGAGACAUCUUGCUUUUCAUAAGCGGGAACAGAUUCUUCAGUCCAUCAGAUUUUGGCGUGCUAUGGUAACCAGACCCAUUGCUACUCCAGUGUUAAUUGAGGCCUUGGGGAUUUUGAACGUGGCCGAGGCGGAGGAUUGGCCAGCGAGAAGUGAGCAGAUCGGAAUUGCAUUCCGGGAGUUCAUCCAUCGCUAUUCUGAAAGGAAUGGUCACGGGAAUGAGAUUAUACGCGGGCUAGGCGCUUUUAUUGCCAUCGACCGUGAGUUUUCCAGGAAAUUCCGCGUCAUGGCGGCAUUUAGAAGAAAAAGUUCUUGGGCGCGGUGGAUUCCUAAGCUCAACAGCACUGCUUUUGUUAAUGAUCAAGCGAUCGAGAAUUAUUUGGUUGGAUCGGGUGCUAAGAACCUCCGGCAGUCGCUGUCCCAGGAAGCGGAAAAGCAGGGGACAGCGCCGCUGUGGUGUUGGGUUUGUGCAAUUGACGCGAUUGCAAAGGACUGGUGCCGAACUUGCUUUUUGGGGCACUGUGGCACUGAGGACUGUGCAAAGGCUUUUUAUGCACAUGAUUGUCUAUAA